GUGUAAAUAAUAAAGCCUCUCUCGCCUUUCCUUUCUUCCUUCUUUCGCUCGACUCGUGUUGGGAGAAGAGGAGAGAGUUCGACGAUUCGAGCAGUCGGACGUCCUUGCGAUGGCUUCCAAGCGGAUCUUGAAAGAGCUCAAGGAUCUCCAGAAGGACCCCCCAACUUCUUGCAGCGCAGGCCCUGUGGCAGAAGACAUGUUUCAUUGGCAAGCAACAAUAAUGGGUCCCCCAGAUAGUCCUUAUGCGGGGGGUGUCUUUCUAAUUACCAUCCACUUUCCUCCAGACUAUCCAUUCAAGCCACCCAAGGUAGCAUUCAGGACAAAGGUCUACCAUCCAAACAUUAACAGCAAUGGGAGCAUUUGCCUUGACAUCUUAAAGGAGCAGUGGAGCCCUGCAUUAACCAUUUCCAAGGUAUUGCUUUCAAUCUGUUCACUUCUGACAGACCCAAACCCUGAUGAUCCAUUGGUCCCAGAGAUUGCACACAUUUACAAGAAUGAUAGGAACAAGUAUGAGACCACUGCAAGAAGCUGGACCCAGAAGUACGCGAUGGGUUAGACAUGUGGUGGCUUGAAGUUGGGGUUGUCUCCUCCUUAUGCUUUAUUUUAGAUGGUGCCUUAACUGAGAUAUGCAAGAAUGACAUGGUUUAUGUCUGUUAUCACUCUAUAUCAUCCAUGAAUCAAUCAAUGGCAUCGAUCAUGUACUCAAGGGAAAGGAAAAAUAACUAUGUAGCUGCAUUUCGAAUAUAUGCAUGCCAAGUUACUAUUUGGACA